CUAAAAUCUAGUAAUAAUAGUAAUAGUUCUAGACUUCUAGAAAACAUUGAAAUUACCAUUAUAAAAUGCCCCGUUUUUUAGGAAAAGACUAUUACAACAUUGCUAUUACAGAAAAAAAUGCUUUUCUGUAUAAAAAAAUGCUUUAUAUGCCACACCAUCUAACACAACAUUCUGGGGAUUGUUGCAUUUCAAAGGAUGAUUUUCUAGCUUGUUUUUUAGACAAGUUUACAGAGGACCAGCUUCCUGAUGAUGAAUUAGAUACAUUCAAACAUUUAUUUUUAAAAAUAAAUGUGCUCAGAAUGGAAACUUUUGAAGAAGACAUCAUGUUUAAUUUAAUUGGGGAUGAGUUUUUUGAAAUUAUCCCAAGUUCUAACCCAGAAUCUGAGCAUAGCAACCUUUCACUAGACAUUGAUGGAGUUCUUGAUUUAAAAUUUAUGAAUGAGCAUUCUGAUAUCAAACAUUCCAUAUCAAUGCUUAAUGAAUUUUUACCAAGAAAGAAGCUGAGUGGUAAUACUUUUGAAGUGCCACUAUGCAACAAUGAACUUGAUAAAGCAAUUGUACAGCUACCAUCCACCAGCUUUUUACUUUCAAGGUUGACUGCUGUUGAACUAAGUGAUCCUCUGCUAAAGCAAGAUGGCUCAGAAUGGAAAGAAACUGAUUUUUUCAUCCGUGAUCUGACCUUAACAAAUGAUGAUAAAGAAACAGAAGACCAAGCAUUCCUUUUUAAUGAGAAGUUCAAAAAAAUGUCUUUAGAGAGUCCAAAUAAUAAUCUAUUUGAAGAACUGCUCUCACCUAACAUCAUAAGUAAAGAAGAUUCUGAUCUUGUUCAAAGCAUUCAUCUGUUUGGUGUAGUUUUUAAAGAGCUACAAUCUGACUGGGUUGACCAAAAUUUUAAUUUAACAGCUCAGGAACAAUCUGAAACAGAAAAUAUGAUGCAGAUAUUGUCACAAGGAAUGAACAGUGAAAUCAUAAUAAGCAAACUGGAGGAGCCAAUCAAUCUAACUUUUAAGUCAUUCUUGGAAAUAAAUAAUGCUGAAAACCAAAAUGAGGACAGCUUAUGUAUGAAUCUUCUGACAGAUUCAAUUUUAGAGUUGAUACCAACCAAACUGGUCUAUGAAACUGAGAAACCAAUAGAUUUGAUACAAUUCACAGUUCAGUCAUUAGCUUUAACAGAAAUAAACCUGGAUUUAAAUCAUAGCCCUUUAAUCACAAACAAACUAUUGCAAGUUAUGAAUAAUAAUAUUUGGGAAAAAGAAAAGCACUUUGAUGAAAUGCAAAUUCCAGAGCCAAAGUUUCCUGCACCUACUCUACCAGAUUUGAUCAGCGAAGUAAUUGAAUGUCAAAGGCUUACACAAGAUGACUGUUCAGCAGAGGAAGAAAAACUGCCCUGGUCAUUUGAUGUUGUCUGUGAACAGAUUCCUUUUUUGCAAGUUUUACCUGAGAUGACCAUAGACCACCCAGCCAAACCUCCUGAAUGUUUUAGUAAAUUUUCUUUGUCAGAUUCAGAAUUACUAUAUUGGUCGGAAAAUGACACCUCUGAGGAAAAAGUAAAUAUAUGUAAACAUAAACAAGAUUUUAUAGAGGAUAAAGAAGUAUACUUUCAAGAAACAAUUGUGCUAGAUCCCUUAGAAUCUUUCAUUCAAGUUCGAGCAAAUGUCAGAUUUCUAGAUCUCACAGGUGCUGCGUUAUCUGACGAUAUGAAGAAAGCUGUAGAGUUAAUAGAGAACCAAGUGUCUAGUGUUACAACUGAGUUAGUCAAGAAUAAAGUGGAUACUGUCACAACUACAGCAAAAGCAGAAACUAAUUUGCAUAAAACUGAGAAAAUUAAAAUGAUUGAUGUUCCUAUUUCAGAUGGCAUGGAUGAAGUGAUUGACUGUAUAGAAAGUUGUGCUGCCCCAUACUUUGAUCAAAUACAGAAAAAGGGAUUGGUAUCCUCUAAUGAGACAUUUUUGAGUCUUACUGCUGACUAUGCUAGAUUUCUUUUAAAAGAAGAUGAAAAGCAAAACUCAGAAAGGUCUCAGGGAUGUGAUAAACUAGGCGAGAAAAACAAAAAUCUGACCACCAGCCUCAAUGUAAUAUUCAUCCUAAGAUCUGCCAUUGAGCUCCUGAUUCACUCCUGCCUAGAGUCCUGUAUUACCUGGAUAACUUCACAGAUAGAAAGUGGCCAGCUGUCAUUAGAAAAAACAUUCCAUGAACUUCGAGGUCAAUUAUUUGCUCUCCAAUGCAAUUUUUACCAAAAUAAAAAAUUUCAUCCCAAAAUGGAGAGCUUAUGCCAAGAAAUUAAGGACUUUUUGACCCAGUUUCCUGGAGCUAAGGUUUUGCUACUUGUCCAGAGAGGUCAGCCUAAUUUGCUAUCAGCUGUUCAUGAUCUGCUGGUUAACAUCUGGCACAUUGAUGUUUCAUGUGCCUCAGAAACCACACAGUGCCUAAGUUUAAUAACCAGCACAGUUUUGGUUACACCCUAUGUCGAGUUCAAGAACAUUGAAGAUGUGAACCAGUUUUCUUUAGUCAUUCAGUAUGAUGAACAGCUGGGAGAUUUUUACAAAAAAAUCUGCAAAGAUCGCAAUAUUUCCUACAUUGGCCUAUCUAUGAAGCUCAACUACAGAAUCAAGGAGAAAGUACCAUUAGCUGUACCAGAAGAAAAAACUGACAUUGCAUUGAUCUGUUCAACCACUGUUACACAAUAUAAACAUCUGGUGUAUCUUUUAGAAGCCAAACACAAUAUACUAGUGAUAGAAAGAGAUUACAACAAACGUUGCCUUAGAGUUUGUUUCCCUGACAUCAUCAUAAGUACUUCACACUGUGCUGUACUAUUAGGGCUGAAGGAGAUUGAAGGACAACUCAGUUUUGAGGAGGUGGUUCACAGAUUUGUGGCCCUUGGACUUCAGUUCUCUCACUGCUAUGUUCUCCUGCAUGGCUUUGAUUCAAACAACAGUUACCUGUUAAACAAAGAAACAGAAAACAACAUUUACAAACUGAGAGCAGCUUUAGCCAAUUUAAGUGCAGCAUCAGAAAAUUUUACGGUGCAAUUUAAAGUGUUAAUCACCCUGACUGAAGAGGAUGCUGCAAAAACAAUCAGAGACAUAGUGAAUAUUUAUAUCAACACACACAGUAAUUCAGAUUUACUUAGAAAUUGGCUAACCACAGAUUUCUCAGAGGAUGAAGAGUUCCUUCUUCAAGUACCUUGCUUAAAUUCCUUCAGUGCACAGCUGCUGUUAAAAAAUUUUACCUUACAAGAAAUACUGGAAAAAAAUGAGGAAGAUUUAAAAGCAAUGGUGCCAGAAAUACCUGAAAAAAUAAUAAAAUAUCUCCAUUAUUGUACCCUGGACUGGAAGGAGAAAAACUCUUUAAGUGGUUCUCAAGUCUCAGCAAAUGGCAACAGUGAGAAAUCUUUCAACAGUUACAGCUUGGCCUCCCCUACCUAUUCCCCUUUAUCAGACGUGGAUCAGGACUCAACUGUCAGUCUAUCACCUGCUGCCUACAAACACGUGUCUUCCUCCCCCCUGUCCACAUGUGGACAACCUUACUGUGGUAGCCCACACAUUAAAGACCAGGUGAAGAGGAUUCCUACUGGCUCAGCAAAUCCAUCCUGCAUAGAGAGCUGUGGAGAAUGGAUGAGUGUGGAUCAGUCUAAGAAAAAUGCACCAACAGAUUCCUUGUCUCUUCAUGAAAGUGUUGACCGUGAUUUCCAGGCUCCAGAGACCCGAUCAAGAAAUUGUAUGUCAAACAUGGAAAAUACUUCAAAGCUGCUACAAUCAUCCAGCAUUGGUAGAACUUCUUUUGUAAAUUUGUCCAAAAACCAAAAUAUAACAUAUCUUCAGAAGUCAAUUAGAGGAUUACAAGACACUCAUGGCAUGGGGAGGUCAGUCUUACAAGACACUCAUAGCAUGGAGAGGUCAGUCUUACAAGACACUCAUGGUAUGGGGAGGUCAGAGAGAGGAUUACAAGAUAAUUUCAGCACGGAGAGGUCAGUCUUACAAGACACUCAUAGCAUGGGGAGGUCAGUCUUACAAGACACUCAUAGCAUGGGGAGGUCAGUCUUACAAGACACUCAUAGCAUGGGGAGGUCAGUCUUACAAGACACUCAUAGCAUGGAGAGGUCAGUCUUACAAGACACUCAUGGUAUGGUGAGGUCAGAGAGAGGAUUACAAAACUCACAUAGCAUUGUUGUCUCUAACUUUGAUAACACAAAAGAAGCCACUACUUAUAAGACAAGUAAAACAUUAUCAGAUGAUAACUACCCCAUUUACGAACUGGAUGAAAGUGGCUUAAACUCUUAUGUCUUUGAAUGUCAAGAUAAAUCUCAACCAGUUAUGAAUCAACUGAAUUUGCUUUCUGACUAUCAAAACAACAGAAACAAUUAUAAUUAUACAGAUUCUUCUAGAUCUUUUUUCUCUUUAGACCCUGAGGAUGACAAUAGACAUGAAGAAAGUUGGAUGCUUCCUCAAGUGUCCAGAGGUUAUGGCAUCUUUUCAUCAAAAGCCAGUAGAAACUCAGAUCCCAUUGACACCUUCUAUAACACGGGAUUAAACAAAAACAGAUUUCUUCUUCCUGAUGAUAACACAGUGGGCAACAGCUCUAGAGUAAAUAUAGCAUCUGAUUUCUCUAGGCGGCCUCAACAAUCUAAUGUUGUAUCCAACUGUGGCCCUGCACUAGAUACAAACAGAUGUUCAUCUUAUGUUCGUUUAAGUGCAGACAAGCAGAGAUGUCAUGGUGAUCCAGGUCUCAGUGCCAAUCAACUACUAGCACGCAAUAAAAAAUAUUCUCCUGAACAGGGUCAUGGAGCUGACCAUAAUAAAGUCUUAGGGGUUGUAAGUCCACUGUCUGCCAGUCAUCCUCCUGCUUGGUUAUACCCAGAUCAGCAGAGCAGAAAACAAAAUGCUACCACUACAGAUGUGGAACUGUUUGCAAGAGGGUCUGUCCAAAGGUUGAAUCAUCUACCCAGUUCUAGAGAGCAUGUCAGGUCAAGCUAUGGUUAUUGUUCAAAUGAAAAACAGAAUAGUGAUAGAGUCAAUCCAACAUGUGCACAAAAUAAAACACAAGCUGAUUCAAAACACAAAGUGAACAUUGGAUUAGCACAGCCCAUGUGUAGACUAAACACAACUGAUGGUUUGGAAUGCUUUCAAUCAAUGAACAAAACAAAACAAGUGGAUAUGAGAAGCUUAUAUUCUGCCUCUCCACCAAUGGACAUGGAUUCAGGCCAAUCUCAAGAUGGAUCCUAUACAAAACACUAUGUGAAUGAAGAAAAAUUAAAAAGAUGGAAUUCUCAUUUAUUGAAUAUUACUCACCAAAGUAAAGAAGCCAAUGUUGCCAAAUCCCAGCCAUUCACCAAAAGAAGAAAGCUGCAAGUUGAGAAGAAGCCUGGCAACAAUGGACAAACUGUACUGGUUUUUAAAUAAACACAUUUUUGCAAGAAGCUUUAUCAUGAGAUCAUUCAAUCAUCAAUGCUGAUCAUUUUUUUUAAAAAUAGUUUUGUCUCACAACUGCUCAUACAUUGUUAAUGUUGCUUGUUGUUAUGCACUAAUUACAAUU